CGGGGGCAUUCUCGUCUUUCAACUUCCAACAUCAAGAAAUUAGGGUUUCAAACUUUCCCCUAUAUAUAAUAUCCAAAAACCCUAGUGAGAGCCACCGCAUCUUGAUAUCCAUCAGAUUAGGGUUGAGCAGAUAUGGCCAAGUCAAAGAACCACACCGCUCACAAUCAGUCUUACAAGGCUCACAAGAAUGGCAUCAAGAAGCCCAAGAGGCAACGCCAUACUUCCACCAAAGGGAUGGAUCCAAAGUUCUUGAGGAACCAGAGGUAUGCAAGGAAGCACAACAAGAAGAAUGGGGAGUCUGCCGCUGAGGAAGAGUAAAUUUAAAUGAAAAAGAAAUUAUCCUUCAUUAAGGUUUUUCUAGUUAGGGCUGUUUUACUAUAUUCUAUGGAAUUUAGUGUUAAUUUUACACUCCUUUUGUUUUUGUAUUGUUGUUUUAUGGGAUUAUUGAUUAUAUUUGUUAGAAAAUAUCUGAAGUUGUGAGCUUAUUAAUAUCAUGAACAUGUUUUGAUCUUA